GUUUGCGACCACACAGACCUCUUAGUUAGCUUCAAAGUACUGAGCAGACAGUGCAGAUCUCGAUCUCUUUGCAUAUGCACACGCUAAUUCCACCUCAACUGCAUUAUGUCAUCACCGAAAAUUCGUCCCGUCAGCGCGGAUUUACAGAAAAGUGCAAUCGAAGAGUUGAAUGAGGUGCCCGAGCGUAUUGGUGCCGACAUCGAAGCACUCCGCUCGUGGAUCAAACAGCAGCCACAUUUGCGCGCACGCGACGAUGAUCAAUUUUUGCUCUCCUUUCUACGCGGCUGCAAAUUUAGUUUGGAGAAAGCAAAGAGUAAGAUUGAUAAAUACUAUACGCUGCGCACUAAAUAUCCGGAAUUCUUUGGCGCCUUCGAUGCGGAUGAUGCCAGCAUAAGAGCGGUAAUCAAUGCUGGGCUACUAUUAUUGCUACCAAAGCCAGUGAAUGAAGAUGGACCCCGUAUUAUACUCGUACGUCAGGGUGCACUACCAGCUGAUAAAUACACAAUUGAGCAUUUCGCAAGGGCUUCCAGUUACUUGCAAGAGCUCUUAAUACGCGACGAUGAUUACGCGAUGAUAAGGGGCAUUAUAUCGAUUAUUGAUGUGGAAAAUUGCACACCAGCGCAUGUUAUGCAGAUGACGCCUAGCGUAAUGAAGAAAUUUUCCAUACAUGCUGAGGAGGCGGUGCCGUUUCGACCAAAGCAACAACAUUUCAUACACACGCCCAGUGGCUUUGAAACUAUUUUCAAUGUUAUGCGCGGGCUGAUGACCAAGAAACAGCAGGAGAGGAUAUCCGUGCAUGCCGACAAGUUGGAUAAAUUUUACGAGAAAGUUCCAUUGCGUUAUCUACCCGUGGAAUAUGGUGGCGAUAAUGGCACGAUAGCGGAGAUUAUCAGCCAUACAAACAAACAGUUGGACGAGAAUCGUGAAUAUUUUAAAGAAAAUAAAAAUUACGGCACCGAUGAAAGUCUACGCUUAGGCAAACCUAUCGAUUUUGAUAAUUUAUUCGGUGUAGAGGGUUCCUUCCGUAAGUUGGAGGUGGACUAGUGGUAGUGGCAGAAGUAACUAGUAAAUGAAUGAUUAUUAUUAUUAUUUUUUUUUUUUGUAAUGUAUUCUGAAAUAUUUCUACUUUUUAUUAAUUUUCGAAUUUAAAAAAAAAAAAAAACAUAAAUUACACCAAAAUGUAAUGCUGCAAGCGCUGACUAAAACAUUAAGGGGGGAUAUAUAUAUUAUA